GCGGGGCCUCGGGAGGGGCCGGAGCGCGGCUGCCGGUGAGGCUGCGGGGGGAGAAGGAGAAGGCGGUGCGUCCCCAGAGGCGUGCGCCCAGACCGCCGGCCGCCGGACCGACGCACGGAGGGAGAGGGCGGGGGGCGAGAAAUCUGCUGGCAUUGUGGGACCGGCUUCGCUUCGGGGCCACUGAACGCCAACUUGCUUCGUGUGUUCUGGGUAGGUGUGGGGCAGGUGGCAGCUCCGUGACCUACCGACAUGGAUGGAGACGGACUUUUUGAUGAAGAAACCCAACCAGUCGGUGCCAUUCCGGGGCGAUUUAGCUGUCAGAGGUUUUGACGAAACCUGCCCUGUUCCCUUUGGGGAGUCCGAAUGAGGGAGCUUACAGACACCUUCACUGGGAAGCCAAGGACAUUUCUGUAUAAUCAGUGGAUGAAAGGAUUUUCUCAGACUCUUUUUUCCCUUCUCCUCGAGGAUUAAUUCACUGCAAUCUACAAUUCCAGUGGAAACCGCAAGGCACACGAUGUGGCAGAAGCCUAGAGGGCCUUCAGAAUUGUUCUGGACCCUUCUUUUAGCAUAGGGGAGUUCAACACAAGCCACCGGCCGCCCUCGCUGCGUCGCCCCCUCCCCCCAAUCUCCUGGUCUUUUCUCUUUAACCUGUUCUCAUUUUUUGAGUUAAGUUCUGUUUCCAAAACUGUCCUCUGGAGCUAUAAGUGGAUUGCCAGAAAUGAGAGAUUAAGUGCAAGAGAAGAGGGAGCGUCCUGUGUUGUGUCUCUUCUCUGCUGCCGACAUGAAGUGCUUUUUCCCAGUGCUGAGUUGUCUGGCUGUGCUGGGUGUAGUGUCGGCACAGCGACAUGUCGCCGUCCAGGAAGGACCCCUGUACCGCACGGAGGGCUCCCACAUCACCAUCUGGUGCAACGUGAGUGGCUACCAGGGGCCGUCUGAGCAGAAUUUCCAGUGGUCCAUUUACCUGCCAUCCGCCCCGGAGCGCGAGGUCCAAAUUGUCAGCACGGUGGACUCUUCCUUCCCUUACGCCAUCUACACCCAGCGAGUCCGUGGGGGGAAGAUCUAUGUGGAGAGAGUGCAGGGGAACUCAGCCUUGCUGCACAUCACCGACCUCCAGGCCCGGGAUGCGGGGGAGUAUGAGUGCCACACACCCAACACGGAUGAGCGGUACUUUGGGAGUUACAGUGCCAAGAUGAACCUAGUGGUGAUCCCCGACACCCUGCAGACCACGGCCGUGCCCCAGACUCUGCACAAAGUGGAGCAGGACCCCCUGGAGCUCACGUGUGAGGUGGCCACGGAGACGCUCCAGCACAGCCACCUGUCUGUGGCCUGGCUCCGGCAGCGAGUGGGCGAGAAGCCCGCGGAGGUCAUUUCCCUGAGUCGAGACUUCGUGCUGCACUCCAGCAGCGAGUACGCCCAGAGGCAGAGCCUGGGGGAGGUGCGGCUGGACAAGCUGGGGAGCACCACCUUCCGCCUCACCGUCUUCCACCUGCAGCCCUCCGACCAGGGCGAGUUCUACUGUGAGGCUGCCGAGUGGAUCCAGGACCCGGACGGCUCGUGGUAUGCCAUGACCCGAAAGCGUUCCGAGGGAACAGUGGUCAACGUCCAGCCCACGGACAAAGAGUUCACUGUUCGGCUGGAAACAGAAAAGCGGCUGUACACGGUGGGUGAGCAGGUGGAGUUCAGAUGCAUCCUGGAGGCGCAGAACGUUCCUGACCGUUACUUUGCCGUCUCCUGGGCCUUCAACAGCUCACUCAUUGCCAGCAUGGGGCCUAACGCCGUGCCAGUCCUCAACAGUGAAUUCGCCCAUCGGGAAGCCAGGGGCCAGCUGAAAGUGGCUAAAGAGAGCGAUGGUGUCUUUGUGCUGAAGAUCUACCACCUCCGCCAGGAAGACAGUGGGAAAUACAACUGUCGUGUGACAGAGAGAGAGAAAACGGUCACCGGGGAGUUCAUCGACAAGGAGAGCAAGCGGCCCAAGAACAUCCCCAUCAUAGUCCUCCCCAUCAAGAGCAGCAUCUCCGUGGAGGUGACCAGCAACGCCAGUGUCAUCCUGGAGGGUGAAAACCUGCACUUCUCCUGCAGCAUCCGCACGGCGGGCCGGCCACAGGGCCGCUUCUCGGUCGUCUGGCAGCUCGUGGACCGGCAGAACCGCCGUAGCAAUAUCAUGUGGCUAGACCGGGAUGGCACCGUCCAGCCUGGCGCGUCCUACUGGGAGCGCAGCAGCUUUGGGGGCGUCCAGAUGGAGCAGGUGCAGCCCAACUCAUUCAGCCUGGGCAUCUUCAACAGCAAGAAGGAGGACGAGGGCCAGUACGAAUGCCACGUGACCGAAUGGGUGCGGGCCGUGGACGGCGAGUGGCAGAUCGUCGGGGAGCGCCGGGCCAGCACCCCCAUCUCCAUCACGGCUCUUGAAACAGGCUUUGCGGUCACAGCCAUCUCCCGCACGCCGGGCGUGACCUACAGUGACUCCUUUGACCUGCAGUGCAUCAUCAAACCCCAUUACCCAGCCCGAGUCCCCGUGUCGGUGACGUGGCGGUUCCAGCUGGUAGGCACCCUCGAGUUCCAUGACCUGGUGACCUUCACCCGGGACGGAGGGGUCCAGUGGGGGGACAGGUCCUCCAGCUUCCGAACCCGAACGGCCAUCGAGAAGGCCGAGUCGAGCAACAACGUGCGUCUGAGCAUCAGCCGAGCCAGUGACACGGAGGCGGGCAAGUACCAGUGUGUGGCCGAGCUGUGGCGGAGGAAUUACAACAACACCUGGACGCGGCUGGCUGAGCGGACCUCCAACCUGCUGGAGAUCAGGGUGCUGCAGCCAGUGACCAAGUUGCAGGUGAGCAAGUCAAAGAGGACCCUCACCCUGGUGGAAAACAGGCCCAUCCAGCUGAGCUGCUCUGUCAAGUCUCAGACUAGCCAGAACUCGCACUUUGCCGUGCUGUGGUACGUCCACAAGCCCUCGGAUGCCGAUGGCAAGCUCAUCCUGAAGACCACCCACAGCUCGGCCUUUGAGUAUGGCACCUACGCCGAGGAGGAGGGCCUGCGAGCCAGGCUCCAGUUCGAGAGGCACGUGUCCGGGGGCUUGUUCAGCCUCACGGUGCAGAGAGCCGAGGUCAGCGACAGUGGCAGCUACUACUGCCACGUGGAGGAGUGGUUGCUGAGCCCCAACUACGCCUGGUACAAGCUGGCCGAGGAGGUUUCGGGGCGCACGGAGGUCACCGUGAAGCAGCCAGAUAGCCGCCUGAGGCUCAGCCAAGCGCAGGGGAAUCUGUCGGUCCUGGAGACACAGCAGGUGCAGCUGGAGUGUGUGGUGCUGAACCGCACCAGCGCGGCCUCCCAGCUUGUGGUGGAGUGGUUUGUGUGGAAGCCCAACCACCCGGAGCGGGAGACCGUGGCCCGCCUGAGCCGCGAGGCUACCUUCCACUACGGGGAACAGGCGGCCAAAAACAACCUGAAGGGGCGGCUGCAUUUGGAGAGCCCUUCCCCCGGCGUGUACCGGCUCUUCAUCCAGAACGUGGCAGUGCAGGACAGCGGGACCUACAGCUGCCGCGUGGAGGAGUGGCUGCCCAGCCCCAGUGGCGUAUGGUAUAAGCGCGCAGAGGACACUGCCGGGCAGAUGGCUGUGACCAUCAUGCGGCCAGAUGCUGCCCUGCAGGUGGACACGGUGGUCCCCAAUGCCACAGUGUCCGAGAAGGCAGCUUUCCAGCUGGACUGCAGCAUUGUUUCUCGGUCAAGUCAGGACUCCCGCUUUGCCGUGGCCUGGUACUCCCUGAGGACUAAAGCUGGAGGGGAAAGGGACGGCCCCGGCCUGGGCGAACGGGAGGAGGAAGGGGACGACGAGGAGGAGGGGGAGGAGGGGGAGGACCCAACGGAGCGGACGGCCCUGCUGAGCGUGGGCCCAGACGCCGUCUUUGGCCCGGAAGGCAGCCCCUGGGAGGGCAGGCUUCGCUUCCAGAGGCUCUCCCCAUUGCUUUAUCGGCUCACCGUGCUGCAGGCAAGCCCCCAGGACACGGGGAACUACUCCUGCCGAGUGGAGGAGUGGCUGCCCAGCCCUCAGAAGGAAUGGUACCGGCUGACGGAAGAGGAGUCGGCCCCCAUCGGCAUCCGGGUUCUGGACACAAGUUCCACCCUGCAGUCCAUCAUCUGCUCCAAUGAUGCGCUUUUCUACUUUGUCUUCUUCUACCCUUUCCCCAUCUUCGGCAUUCUCAUCAUCACCAUCCUGUUGGUGCGCUUCAAGAGCCGGAACUCCAGCAAGAACUCGGAUGGGAAGAAUGGGGUGCCCCUGUUGUGGAUCAAAGAGCCACACCUCAACUACUCCCCCACUUGCCUGGAGCCCCCCGUGCUCAGUAUCCACCCAGGAGCCAUAGACUAAGGGGAGCCCAGCGGACCUCAGCCACAGAGGAGCUGAGACUCUCCCUUCCUGCCUCUUGCUCUGUGAUCACUCAGCAGACGGCACCCAACCUCUGGAGUGCUCUCGCCCGAAAACCGUCAGACUUGAGAAGUGUUCAAAGUCCCUGAUCAGUCACAGAGACAGACUGCCUCUCAGUGGCAGUCCUGGUUGGUUAGCUGUUUUGGAGCAGAUGUCCUUAUCCUGCAGAAUUAGGCUCCUUGUUUCUGUUUCCGGUAAUGUAGUGAGUAGCUCCAGGUGCCAUGACUACUCACUGAUUUAUAUAGUAUUCUCAUAUAGAUGUGACAGGGGUUCUUAUUCUUUGUAAUGGACUCUUUUUAAAUCCCUUUGGUUUACCCUUUUUGGAUUCCGUAAUGUGACGGACAAAUUUCUCUUUAAGGUACCACUGAUGGCAAAAGGAGGGAUGAACUUUAUGGCGCAAAGGAAUCUCUUCCAAGACUUAUUGUUUUUGCAUACUUGAAAAUGCUACCCACGGAUCAGAACACACCCAAACGUUUUCUACUUUCUUAACGAGACUCGAAAAUUAUGUGUAGUGUGGGCCCAAUUUGUAUCUUACCUUCUCCCUCUGCUGGAGUGGUUGGAACCACUUUGUAGUCAAGAUGAAAGCAUUGAAUUUUGCUUCAAAGAACUGUGUACGUACAACAGAAGUCCUGCAUAACCCCAUUAGGAGUAGAUGGUGCCUGAGCAGCCUGUCAGGGAGGCAAAGAAUAGGCUUCAUCCCAAGCUUGCCAAAAAAAACCCCACAAAAACAAAAAACCCACUUUGUUGGAGAAUAAGUCAAAAGCCCCAAACAGCACACACUUUGCCAGCUAAAGUGGGCAACGGGCUUCUUUUAGCAGCCACUGACUUUCAGAUUGAUCAGAGCCAGUGAUCAGGGAAGGAAGGACAAAAGGCUAGUUGUUGGCUUGAUCUGUUCUGUACCAGACGUCUCUGAUAACUGUGAGUGGGUGGGCUUCUAUUUUAAGGUGCUUUGCCAAACUCUUAAGGGAAAGUGGCCAGGGAGCCUGAAAAGGGGACAGUGCUGAGCUGACCACAAGGGGCCCAAGCAGCUGCCCACAGGACACCACAUACCUGGAGGGCAUGGGGCGGGCUGACAGCUAAGCUCCCGCAGGGGUCAGUGGUGGGAUGGGGUGGUUUCCAGAGCCUGACCUUGGAGACCAGGGGAGGUAUAACUGCCAUGCUGGAGGUAUGAAGACUAGGUUUUUCUUCUUCCCUCCAGGUAGAUUUUCCUCAAAGAGAAUGGUGUCUUUCUUAUUCACCAUUUCUGUCAGCGUGGGUCUUACUGCCAUGAGAAAAUCUGCC